UCAAAGUAAAUUUAAAAUUUUUUGAGGUUACACCGGCAUUUUUUGAAAAUUGUACUUUUUAAACAAACUUAAAAUGAUUAGAGCUGUUUUAAUUGAUUUAAGUGGUACUUUACACAUUGAAAAUCAAGCGAUUCCUGGAUGUGUAGAGGCGUUGAGGAGGUAAUAACAACAAGCUUGAGAGAAAAAGAUCUGUAUGUAAAAUUUGUCACAAAUACCACAAAGGAAAGCAGGAGAGUAUUAUUUGAAAGAUUACAGAGUCUAGGAUUUGACAUAAAAAAGGAUGACAUUUUAAGCUCUCUGACAGCAGCUAGGAAUCUGAUUGUAGAUAGUAAGUUAAAGCCAAUGUUAAUGCUCGAACCAGAAGCUCUAGAAGACUUCGAAGGACUUGCUUGCCCACCUACUGAAAUGCCCAAUGCUGUUGUUGUGGGUUUAGCACCAUCCGAAUUUCAUUAUGAUAGAUUAAAUGAAGCGUUCAGAUAUUUACAAAACGGUGCCCAACUAAUAGCAAUCCACGCUGGUAAAUAUUACAAAAGACCUGAUGGUUUAGCACUGGGACCCGGAUGUUUUGUAAAAGGGUUGGAAUAUUCUGCACAAUGUACAGCAGAAGUCGUUGGAAAACCAAACAAAUCCUUUUUUCUUUCAGCUCUAGGCGAUAACUAUAAACCAGAAGAAGCAGUAAUGAUUGGUGAUGAUGUUACCGAUGACAUUCAGGGAGCAAUGUCUGCUGGAUUAAGCGGUUAUUUAGUCCAAACAGGAAAAUACAAACCUGGCGAUGAAACAAAAAUAAGCCCAUAUCCAACUGCGACAGUGCCAAGUUUCGUACAGGCAGUAGAAAAAAUUAUAACACAAAUGUAACAUACUGUAUUUAUUUCUAUUUAUUUAAUAACUUAUAAAUACGUAGCAGUUAACAAAAUAUAUAGUAUUGUAAAAAUAAAAACACUUUAAUAGAUUAAUAAUAUUGUAUAAAAAUUAAUUGUACAUAGAUAUAUAAAUAAAUAAUAGUAUAUAAUUA